UUUUUUUCUUCUCUUUUUGUUAUUCUCCUCUCUCACCAACGAAAUAUUUGUCAUUCUCUCCCACACCACGUUUUCUUCCUCCACAUUCCUCAUUUUCUUCAAUUAUUGCAUUCCCACGCCAUCAUAGAAACAAAACAACAAUACUAACAACGAUAGAAAAUUUUUAAAAUCUAAUUAACUGACUUUCAUUCCGAACUUUCUCUCUUGUUUUUUGGGAAAAUCGACCGUGGACGAAUUUUCCCAAGAACGAGAGAGGAGGUGACGGGAUUUGAUAUUGUAAUUUUGAAAUUUUAAUUUUUCUUUCAUUUUGCAAUCAUUGUUCCUCAACUUUUGUUGUCCUCUCAUCAUUUCAUUUUGUGGUUUUUAAGUCAAAAAAGGAACACCAAUGUUGGGAAAUCAUCACAAGAUGGAAACUUGUUUUUGAAUUUCAUUGGUACGAACAUGGUGCCUGUGCAUUGAUCGUGGGUCAUUAUUAGGCUCUGGAAAGAGAGACAACAGAGAGAUAGAGAGAAAAACGUCAUGGAAGAAGAGUUCGAGGUGAUCGAGGUUGAAUACGCGCCUCUUUGCGAGGGUCAUGAGAUUGAUGUUGAUUACGAGUUCGAUGCACCUCAGUUCUUCAAUUUCACACGCCAAUUAGAAACUUUUUGGGAUGCUACUGAAGUAGAGCAAUGGUUUGAAUUUGCCCCAAGUUACCCACCUUCACCGUUUCUCUUGAAGACGAAAUGGGGAAAUUGUGGUCCUAGCAUAGAGACCGAACAAGUUUCAAAUAUUGAGGAGAAUAAUAGCACAGGACUCGAGUAUUGUAAUGAAACAAUACAAGAUACACUAAAUGGUAACACAAAGCCUCUUAGCAAGUCAAGUUCAUCAAAGGCUAAAGAAUUCUCUUUUAUGAAACCAACAACCAGUCAUUUAGCCAAACAAAAGAACCCUUCAGAAGUUCAGAACCCUCAACAUUUAAGGUUUCAAAGACAAAAUUCUUCUCCCAUAGAUGGCCAAUUAACCAAAAGGCAAAAGCUUGGAUCUGGUUACUUACGCAAGGUUGCUCGUUUGAAGCAUCACAUUAUUUUUACACAUAAGAAGACUAAGGAGGUUGAUCAUAAUGAUGCCAAUUUAGCAUCUAAAUCAAAUGUUACCAUUGCUAAAGAACCUAAUUUGAUGACAGCUCUUAGGGCACAUAGACACAAACCUACACAAUCAAGUUCUCAGGUGCUUAAAGCAAAAUCCUUAAAUAAAAAAAUUUUGGAGGGUCCAACAAAAAUCUUCUCCGAGAUGAAAACACCACAACCAACACAGUUUCAAGUGUUCCACUUGAGAACAUCACAAAGGGCAAUGCAAAACACGUAUAAUAGCACUCGAAAUAGUUUGAACUAUAAUUCUAUAUCAAAUAAUGACACACGGGAUCUAAGGACAAACUCCAGUGUUGGCUCAAGACACGAGAAAUGUAGAACAAAUAACAAACUUCAAGGUAGUCAUAAUGAUAAGCUCUCUAGUAAAAGUGAAAGAGGUGUCUUCCGAAAUAUCAAAGUAUAUCCAUUGGAACUAAACGACAACGGAUCUCUAAAUGAACCGCCCACGAAAUUUUUUGGCAAGCUCUCCCUGGCUUCUAAUGUCAAACAAACUACAAAAUCACCAUCAAAGGAGCAACCAAUUUCUAAGGACUUGAAGGAGAAUAAUAGACCUGGAUCAUUGUGUCAAGAGCAUUAAGGAAAUUGGACAUUAGCAGAAAAUAAAGUGGUGUUUUCAAAUUGGUGCCGUUAGUCUAGAUACAUUUGCUCAAAAUUCCACAACAAAGCUACUCUCAUUGAUUGGAAGUUCAACUAUAAAUAGAUUAAAAGCCAACCAAAGGGACCUUGUUUGCUAAUCUGAGGAAACUGGAAACAAAGGAUUUUGGCUAAAACAAAUUACUUAAGGAGGAAGUUUCAAGAUAAAACCUUAUGCAUGUAUUAUAUACAACAAAGCAUUAGACUUUUGGAAUCUCUUAAUGUCAAAAACAAAAUGUAAUGUGGUACAAUUUGAGGCAUAAAAAUAGUAAAAUAUUCG